AAAUGGCGUAGAUUCUGGCAUAAACAACAGGCCAUAAUAGGCACUGAACACGCUCCACCUACCGUUAGCUACAGCAUCUGGAGAUUUGCGGAACUGAAAAAGAACACGACCAGCCUCUCUGAGAAGACAGAGUUUACGAACAGCCUCUCCUCAAUUUGUCAACAGGAGGAACUGUCAUCAUGGGAAAAUUCCUGUUGGCCUCCUCAAUCGUGAUUCUCUUCAUUUUGCUCCAGACUGAGGAGAUUGUCUCCAUUUCUAAAAAAGGAAGCAGCAGACUGAGCAGCAGCAGCAGUCGAAAGCCAAGUCGCAAACCCUCCCAUCAUCCUAGCAAACCUUCCCAUCACCCUAGCAAACCCUCACAUCAUCCUGUCAAGCCUGCAGAGAGACCUAGAAAACCAGCACAGAACCCACCUGAACACAGGCCUGCCCAUAAUGCACCCCCAAACAGGCCUGAAAAUCCUGUAAAACAUCCUCCAAAUCAUGCAAACCCUCCUCCACAUCCACACCAUAAUCCUGCCAAUCCACAAAAUCCAGGACACCCUCCACCUUAUCCUGUCAACCCUCAAAAUCCAGCACAUCCUCCACCAUAUCCGGUCAACCCUCAAAAUCCGGGACAUCCUCCCCCAUAUCCCGUCAACCCUCAAUACCCAGCACAUCCUCCACCAUAUCCGGGCAAACCCCCAAACCCAGCACAUCCUCCACCAUAUGCAGCCAACCCUCAAAAUCCUGGGUAUUUCCCACACCAACCAUAUAAUCCCCAAAAUCCUCAGUGGGGACACUAUAAUCCCAAACCCUGGAAACCUAAAUCCCCCAAGACUAAGAUGAAGCAUGUGGCUGGAGCAGCAAUUGCAGGUGCAGCAGCAGGAGCUCUUGGAGGCUACUUCCUGGGACGUGCCAUGUCUAAUCUGCAUUUUCAAUUUAACAACCCGAAUGAGGAGCGGUGGUGGUAUGAAAAUCGCCAUCGUUACUCUGAUCAGGUUUACUACCCUCAGUACAUCCAGCCUGUUCCACAAGAUAUCUUUGUGAGAGACUGUGUGAACAUCACAGUGAAAGAAUACAUUGAGCCCACUGGGAAUACAACAGAGGAUGAGAUGGAAGCCAGGGUGGUGGAGCAUGUGGUGAAGGAAAUGUGCAUUGAGCAGUAUCGUACUUUCUCCAGCUCUUCAGGAGACAGUUCCAGACCUCAUGGUGGCAACCCAGUGGACCCAAAGCCAAAGGAUGAUGAAGUGAAAUAUGUAGUGGGGGUACCUGUUGUGGAUGUUUCAGCGGAAGACCCUGAGAGCUACAUCUUAGGCAGCCCCAUAGCCAAGAUGUAUUUUUAUUUUAACAACAGUGAGGAAGAACGUUGGUGGAAUGAAAACCGCCACCGUUUUGCCACCCAUGUUUACCACCCAAACUCUAGCCAGCCAAUUUCAAGAGAUGUUUUCCUGAGUGAGUGUGUAAAUGUCACCAUGGGAGAAUAUGUGAAGCCCACUGGAAACCAAACUGAAGAUGAAUUGGAAGCCAGAGUGGUGACACAAGUGGCAAAUGGAAAAUGCAUGGAGAUGUACCCCCGUUUGACUGUUUUCACAAUGUCAGGCAGCUACUAUUAUAAUAAACCAGAGACAGCUACUACACUGGAAAUCAAAAGUGAGUUCAAACAUGGAGAAGGAGCAGUUUUGGCUAAUAGUCCCAGAGGAGUCAGUGAACACAAUGCCCCAAACAAUGCUGUGUCUGAUUUGAAUUUUUCUUUUGAGAAUGUUUUGUUUCUAAUUCAUCCUUUUUCCAUUUCAAUCAUUACCUUAAUCACUCCUUUCCUAAUCUUCUAAAGGUUAUGCUUUCUAAGUCUCUUCCAUGGUUGCUAUUCUCUUAUCUGAGGUCUGGAAUCUCUCUCUCCAGCAAUAAUUUAGUUGUGGUUUCAUAUUUUUCUGGAGACUGCAUCAGAUGCAAAGAGAUGCAAUGCAUAGGCUACUUAUGAAUGAAUUCCAAUUGCCAUCAUGAAUCAGUCUAAAGUGAUUCCUUUUUUGUAUUCAUCAAAUCUAAUUUAAGAUGGAGAGAGUGGAUAAUUCCCCCAUUCCUAUUGCUUCGAUCCUUCAGUGAAAUCUGUUCAGUUUUCAGGAAAUAUUUUAGCAGUUCACUUGAUAAUAGAAGUUGCUUUUGAGAAGGAAGGAAGGAAGGAAGGAAGGAAGGAAGGAAGGAAGGAAGGAAGGAAGACUUCUGAGAUUAUUUAAAAUGAAUACAUCAAGGUUUGAAUUGAAGGUUCCAUUCAAAUACACCUCAAGUCCAAUCUUGGAACCAAACUGACUUUCUGAACAAUUGGAAUCAAACACCUGAAUAGGUUUGGAUAUCCUUUGUUUGACUAUUUCCAAAAUAGCUCUCCUCUAAUGGGAGCUGAUAAUUCCAACAUGUACCUGAUUAGUCAACCAUUUUUGCUGAGUGAUGAAAACUAUCACACGCCUCAAAAGAGAGGCAGGCAACAUUUGAUGGCAAACAUGUUUUACAGUGUUGGAUCUGACACCUGCAAACUUGGUGCUGAAAAACCAUGAAUCUGGAUGGGCUGCAAAUGUUGAGCUGAACAUUUUUUUGAAACUAUGAUGUACUGAUGUUAGAUUGUUUCCUAUAGGUUCCUAUCUCUGAAUGGUGGAAAGCUGAAUUAUCACUUUUCAGCAAUUAUGGAAGGGAUAGAGAGGGGGCGGGUUAAUGGUUGCAGAAAGAAGAUUUGAAAUCACUUGUGGUUCUGGGGUUGCAGGGACUCCUGUUUGAUAAACUGCUUUUGUGCCUUCUUUGUCUAAAUUGUCAUCUCUAUCCUUAAAUAUGACUGGGAAGUUUUGUCCAGUCAUUAAUAAUUUGUAGACUAAGAAUACUGUUUGAAAGCCACAUGGUUCUAUGUUGUUUUCCAUUUUUUGUUUUCCUUGACCUCUUAAAUGUUAUUGAAUACCUAAGUGAGUUUAAACUCUAAUUGUCUAUGGAGAUCCUCAAUCAUCCAGGUCAUAGUUGUCCUAUGGCUAUCCCAAGGUGCUAUUUUCCCCCAAAAGGCACCUUGACUGUCUAGUCUUUUUUCCCCUUUGAAAACAUUUUAGUUCUCAUCCAAGAAGUUCCUUAGAUGAAAAGCAAAAUGUUUUCAAAGAAAAAAAAAAUGAGAAAGUCCAGUUGACUUUUGGAAAAAAGCACCUUUAGGACUAAGCUCUUUAGUAUUCUUUUCUACCAUGCUGUGAUGGUUGUCACAAGUCAGAAGUGGAAAGAGACUUGGCUUGGAUUGAAAUUAUUCCAAAAUUGAGAGCCAGUUAAUUACAAUGGGGUAUCAAUCCAACUAAUGCAUAAAUAUGUAAGUAAAUACAUUUGGGUUCCUAAGCACUAGAAUAGGCAGCUGACAUAGGGAUUAAUGUGCUUCUUCUCUUGAAACAAAGAAUGCAGUUGGAUUUAUUCCAUUUUCCUUUUUAGAAAGGAGUCCUUUAAAAAGGGGUCUCUUUGAGAAAAGAAAAGCUUGGCUUAAAUUCUGAAGAUGGAUUCCCAUCAUGAAAAACUGUCUUCUUUAAAUGAGAUGUGAAGUUAAAUAAUUUUUUAUCAAUCCUUCAUUAGCAAUGUAUUGAUCAGCACUCCUUGAACAUCCUUGCUUGACUUUUCCUAUCAGUAGGUGUGGUUAAGCUAGUAAGGCUAAUGAGGAAGCAAAAUCCUUCUGUUAUCUCUGCAUUUGGUUCUUGACUUAAUUCAGCUGUAAAAGGUCAGAAAAAUAAUUUUAAGCUAGCUUUAGCAUCUAUUUUAUUAAGAACUAAGAAAUCCCAAAGAAAUCCUAAUUGGGGUAUACGUAAUACAGUGUUUGUGUUUUUGUUUAAUUUUCCUUCUUUGUGUGGUGGAAAGAGCUAUAUAAGAACAGCUGGAAAGUCUAUCUGAGCAUGAAUGUUGCAAACAUGAAGCUAGACUUUUAAGCUAUUUUGGUUAUUUGUUACUAUCUAACAUGUUCCAUAUGAUAUAUAGUGCUCACAUUUAUUUCCUUGCAUGACGAUUACUGUUCCAACACAAAAUUUAUUUGAAGAUUAAUUGUUAACUGCUGUUUGACAUGCUAAUCUCCAUUUAUUUUUCUCACCCUUUCAACUAAACUGCCAAAUAAAACUAUGGCCUAUAUAAUACCAAAAUAGGUCUGUUGGCCUUAUAUUUGGUCCUUGUUUGCAAAUCCACUGCUGUAGUAAGGAAGAAGUUGCAUUAACUGAUUAAAAAAAAUCAUUUCAAACUCUUAUAUUCUCUGACUGUGUAAAUAUGUUUAAGGAAGUUGCUUAGACUGAAUUGCCUUUUCACACCAAGCUAAAAUAAUGUGCAUUGAUUUAAUUUUGGAUUACCAUGACUAGCAUCCCACCUGCAAGCUUCA